CGUAGGCCCGUGGCCUCACCGGUGCGGCAACAGUGUACGGCCCCCGUAAAGAUGUCGCUGCUGCGGUCCCUGCGCCUCUGUCUGGUCGCGCGGGCCGGGAGCUGCCCAGUGAGGGCUCUUGGCCCCGGCCCCGUUCUGCCUUCCUUGCAGGCGGGACCCCUUCUGCUUCAGUCGCCCCAACCGUGGCAUACAUUUCACGCUGGGCCCUGGCUGUCCUCCUCGGCUUCCAGCAAGGAGCUCCUCAUGAAGCUGCGGCGGAGAACGGGCUACUCCUUUGUAAACUGCAAGAAGGCUCUGGAGAUUUGUGGCGGGGAUCUCAAACAGGCAGAGAGCUGGCUCCACAAACAGGCCCAGAAGGAGGGCUGGAGUAAAGCUGCCAGGCUCCAUGGAAGGAAGACCAAAGAAGGUCUGAUUGGGCUGCUGCAGGAAGGAAACACGACUGUGUUAGUAGAGGUGAACUGUGAGACAGAUUUUGUUUCCAGAAACUUAAAAUUUCAACAGUUGGUCCAGCAAGUAGCCCUGGGAACCCUGUUGCAUUGUCAGAGCCUAACGGAUCAACUGUCCACAUAUAGUAAAGGCUUCUUGAAUUCCUCUGAGCUCUCUGAACUUCCAGCUGGGCGUGAGAGAGAAGGCUCUCUCAAGGAUCAGCUGGCCUUAGCAAUUGGGAAACUGGGAGAAAACAUGACUCUUAAACGAGCUGCAUGGGUGAAGGUGCCAGCUGGGUUCUAUGUUGGCUCUUAUGUCCAUGGGGCAAUGCACAGCCCCUCGCUCCACAACCUGGUGCUGGGGAAGUAUGGGGCCCUGGUCAUCUGCGAGACGCCUGAGCGGAAAGCAAACCUUGAAGACCUUGGCCGCCGCCUUGGGCAGCAUGUGGUGGGCAUGGCUCCUCUCUCUGUUGGCUCCCUGGACGAUGAGCCUGGGGGAGAGGCAGAAACUAAGAUGCUGUCCCAGCCGUACUUGCUGGAUCCCUCCAUCACACUGGGACAGUAUGUGCAGCCCCAAGGGGUGUCUGUAGUAGACUUCGUGCGGUUUGAAUGUGGAGAAGGCGAAGAGGCAGCAGAGGCUGAAUAGGUUCCAGAGACUUUUGGCCCAGGAGAAAAUGUUUAUUCUUAACUCUGGACAUUAUUACAAAAAGGAGUUAUUUCCUAAGCCUCUUCAAACCCAGCAUUUGUUUUUCAUUUGAGUUUAUAAUGAAAUUAUAUACUUCAUGGGUUAAGCUAUUAAAUAAAAUUGUUACAUAAUAAAGAGAAUAGAAUCUUUUC